AUGAGUUUUAAUCUUGACGAUCCUUUAGCUGGUAUUUUAAGCGAUGGAAGUGAUGAUAGUUUUUUCGAUGAUGAUGUAUUGGGAAAAAAGAAAUCACUUAAGAAGAAAAGCACACCAAUCGUUGAAAAGAAAAACAUUUUAUUUGAUUUAAAUAAUAGUAGUAGUAAAAUUAAGCCAAAUGAUUUCAAUCCUGAUAAAGUCAAUAAGCCUCUCACAAAAGCUGAUGAUUCCGAAAUAUUAGUAAAAGCUGACAGUCAGAAGCCUCAUUCUUCAUCAUUUAAAUAUGAAACUACGAAAGAAGCUAAAAAAAUUGAUUUUCCUGAUUCUAUCAGCGUAUUAAAUGAUAAAGCUGAUACAAAAUCACCUUUGAAAACUAAAGCUGGCACAAGUUUUGACAAAAUAGAUAUAUUGGAUGAAUUAGUGGGAACUAAGAAAGAACAAGUAAAACCUUUAGAUAAAGGAAAAGGAUCGCAGUCUAUAUUAGACGAUAUUUUAGGAAAACCUGCUCCAAAAUUAAAUCUUACAGCCAAAUCAACAACAAAAAAUCAAGAAUAUAAUUUGAAUUCUAUUCUCGGCAAAAACGAACCUAAGGAAACAUUGUCAACAAAAAAGACUAAUUCAGUAAAUAAAUUACAACAAAAUGAAUCCAUUAAACAAAAACAAAAAAAAUCGAAUGAAGAUUGGUUAGGCAUUUUUCAAGAUAAAGAUGAGAGACAAGAUAUUGAGGAGGAUAGUACUGAAAUGCCGUCUUGGUUGGGAGGAAGUAGUUUGAAAACAAAGACGUCUGAUAAAGAUAAUAAAUCACGGAAUCAAAAAGAAGUUGAAGAAACGUUACAUAAUCCGCAGGCAAACGAAAAUGAAAUUGCAACUAAUGAGCAGACGGUAAAAGAAAAGAUUAAGGAAAUAAAAUCAGACAGAGGUUUAGAAAAAAUCAUAACUACAGUACCUGACAUUGUUGAAGUGCAAAAAGACACUGAAGACGUUACGAUGCAGGGAGCAGCUGUUUAUUUACAACAACAAGAAGCACAGUUAAUGGUUGCUUUACAAUUAAAAGCUCAAGACGAAAAACUUGCUGCAAUGCAACAGAAGCAAAAGGAAGCUCAACGAGUUCAACGUGAAGCCGCUCUCGCCCAGCACGCACAAUUGGACGCCAUGCUGCAGCGGCAAGCAAAUCACAGACUUCAGAUGCAAGCUAUAAUAAACGCACAUCAAGAUCGCAUUGCACAAAGAAUAAAGGAACUCUUAGGAUCAAAUGAUGUCGUGCAAGAUGACGCUAAUGAUCCAGCAUACAAUUCUGAAACUGGUUUUAAAGGCAAUGAAGAAAGUCCUCGUAAUAAAGAGAAGAAGCAAUUACUGCAAUUAAUUCAAUCACUGCAAGAAAACCACGAUAAGGAAAUAAACUUAAUGGAGACAUCAUAUAGAAGACAACUUGCAUAUUUAGAAAUUUCUUUGAGUCAAACAGAAGAAAGAAUGAAAGAAGAGAGCGAUAAAGUGGUAAAGUUUUAUAUGGAGAAAAUCAGUUGGCUGGAAGAGCAUCACCAACUUUAUAAAAAAUGGAUGGAAGAAAACACUUCUUCUUUGAUUGAACGGUAUAAUGCGGAAAAAGAAAUGCUGCGACACCAACAUUUAGAGGAUGUAAACGUAUUACAGGAGCACCAUUCCGCGCUCAUGGAGAAUAUAAAAAACGCUGUAAAACAGGAGCAAGUUUUAAUCCAAGACUCAGCGGGAUUUUCUACAGAUAUGCAACAUUUAAUAGCAGAUAUAAAAGAGAAUAAAUUAAAAUGUCAGCAACUAGUAGAAAAAGUUGAAACGUUGACUGGCAAUACACAGCGUGAUACAGAAAGGAGUUUGCAGCUGCGCGAGACCCAAGUUAAUGAUAUGAUAGAGCAAUUGAAAAAAGAGCGAGAGUAUUUCGAAAAAGAAAAAACUGAAAGUAAAGAUAUGAUCCACAUGCUCGAAGUAAGACUGAAGCAAAUGACAACGAUGAUCGAAGAAGAUUCGAUCUCUCUGAAACAGAAGAAAAUGGAAUUCGAAUUCGAAAAAGCAACGUUCAGUAAACAAACGGAGUUUGCUAAGACUGUUCUUAAGAAGCAAGAUGAAGAAAUAAAGAUGCUUAAAGAGGAUUUACAAAAAGAAUAUCAACAGAAAGUCGAUAAAAUUAACGAGGAAAAGGAGAAAGCAAUAAAAGACACUGCUAUUAUUGCAAAAGAGAAAGCUUCUAUAUUAAGUAUAAAGAUGGACCUCGAGAAAACAAAGGCUGAACUGCAAGCCCAGUUAGAAGAAAUCACCGAGGAGCGGUCAAAAUUGAAUCUAGAAAAGCAAGAAUUACAUUUGGAAGAGCAACGGAUAAUAGCGAAGAGUAAAGAUGUAGAAAUGCUGACUAAAGCGGCCAUAGAGAAACAAUCUCAAGCUGAAAAGAAGUACGCAGAAGCAGAGAGCCAACAAAGAAGGUACGAAGAGAGAAUACGUCGCAUACAAGAACAUGUGGUAUCUUUGAAUGCGAGAGAAAAACAGAUCGCUAGAGAGAAGAUCGUGUUGUCUCGAGAAAGGAUCAGUCUGCAUAAUGAUUGGAAGCAAAUGGAGAGUAGGCAACAAUGCUCGUUAUGUCGUUCCAUGCCAAGAACGCCUCAGUAUAAUUUUGAAUCCACAUACCAUUCGCAGACUUAUGACGUGCCCGUGUCUAGAGACUAUGGUGAAGCUAAUGUCAGCCAUGCUUUGAGUGCAAUAGAGCAGGAAAUGGCUCAUCUUAUGGGUAGGACGUUUAGUUUGAAACACGACAGUGGGUUGGUUAAUUUAACCGGACAAGAUGUAAGACAUUCCAAUGAUGUAGAAGAUGAAGGUGAGCAUUUGGAACCGACGGAAACAGGAACUUUUAAGGACCACAUGGAUCCAAAGUUUAUGAUGUUACGACUCGAUGUUCAAAAAGUAAUCAAUAAAAUAGAAGGGAAAGGAGGCUCAGUAGAUAAGAAAUAA